GGAUAGCGGGAGUGGUUCGGGGCAGUUGGGUUGUGUGUUGGAACGGUUGGCCUCGCCUUCCCUUUUCGCCCGCGCGCGCGCCCCGCUUUUCUCCCCGUACGUCGCCAUUGCCUCUCUCGCUAUAUCAUCCCGACCUCACACGCCCCUCUUCCCCCCACCACCACACUCACAACAACUGCACAUACUCCUCAAUCUCCAUCUCCAGCUCCCCAGCAAGCUCUUCGAUUUCUUUUCUUGCCCGAAGCGUGAACGAGGAGGAUGCCGAGGCCGUGGAGACCGGUGCUGGCGUCGGCCACCAGGUGCUGCACGGCCGAGGACGCCGUGGUGGCCGCCGGGGCCGGCAACGGGCUCGCGCGCUGCCGCCCGGCGCAAUCGGAGUUCUCGCGCCGCCUCGCCUCCUUCCGCCGCUUGUCCUCCACGACCAACAGCCCCGCCACGGUCACGGACGGCAAGGACGACGAGGAGGAGGUGGCGGGGGAGCUGGGCGUCGGCCCCAUGCAGCUGCACUCCUUCAGCGUCAGCGAGCUCCGCGGCGUCACGCACGACUUCUCCAGCGGAUACCUCCUCGGGGAGGGCGGCUUCGGCAGGGUCCACAAGGGCUUCGUCGACGCCGGCAUGCGCCCCGGACUAGAGCCCCAGCCCGUCGCCGUCAAGCAGCUCGAUAUCGCCGGAUUCCAGGGACACAGGGAGUGGCUGGCGGAGGUGAUCUUCCUUGGGCAGUUCCGGCACCAGCACCUGGUGAAGCUGCUGGGGUACUGCUGCGAGGACGAGGAGCGCCUCCUCGUCUACGAGUUCAUGCCGCGCGGCAGCCUCGAGAACCACCUCUUCAGGAGGAUCUCCGCCACGCUGCCGUGGGGCACCAGGCUCAAGGUCGCCAUCGGCGCCGCCAAGGGGCUCGCCUUCCUCCACGGCGCCAAGCAGCCAGUCAUCUACAGGGACUUCAAGGCAUCCAACAUCCUCCUCGACUCGGAAUUCACGGCGAAGCUUUCGGACUUCGGGCUGGCCAAGAUGGGUCCGGAGGGUGAGGACACCCACGUGACCACCCGCGUGAUGGGCACCCACGGCUACGCGGCGCCGGAGUACGUGCAGACGGGCCACCUGACGAUGAAGAGCGACGUGUACAGCUUCGGCGUGGUACUGCUGGAGCUCCUCACGGGCCGCCGCGCCAUGGAGCACGUCCGGAGCCGGAGCGCGCACGCGGAGCAGACCAUCAAGCUCGUCGACUGGACCAGGCCCUACCUCGCCAGCAGCCGCCGGCUGCGCUGCAUCAUGGACGCCAAGCUCGCGGGCCACUACUCCGUCAAGGGCGCGCGCGCGGUGGCGCACCUGGCGGUGCUGUGCACCAGCGCGCAGCCGCGGGACAGGCCCAGCAUGGCCGCCGUCGUCGAGGCGCUCGAGCGGCUCGAAGGGUUCAAGGACAUGGCCGUCAGCGUCGGGAUCUGGCCCUCCGCGCCCGUCGCCGGGAGGAACGCGCUCUCCGCCAAGUUCCGCGCAGAGAUGAAGGGCGCCGGAGUCGGCGUCGGCGCCGUCUCGGGGCGGCGGAAGUGCGCCUCCGCCAAGCUGGCCUGAUCGAUCGAGCUUGGACCUGUCGCAUACGCCUGCCCUGCCUGCCACGUCGUCUCAAUUAGCACACAUGCAUUCUAUGUGCGCCUGCCUGUUGUGUAUGUAUAUAGUGUAAGAUCGAUCGAUUUACGAAUGUUGCGUACGUGGUGAUUGAGCAGUAAUUUGAGGAUCGGAGCUUAA